AUGGACUGGUUACCUGAGCAUCCACCAAACUUCAUGAAGAGGAUGCGAGAGCCUUCUGAUAAGUCCAAGAAGGCAAAGAAGGCAAAGUUGGGAGAAACUUCUGGGUCAACACCUCCAGUCCCUUUGGCUGACUCUCCAAGUAAGUCUAUAACUCUUUCACGCUCUGUAAAACUUAAACUUGUUGCUUCUUCUCUUCCCCAAACCACUCCCGUCUACACCUCAUCUGAAACACCCCCCUUAACCACCAGAACCUCUAACCCACCCUCUCUAAAAUUCAACCUUGCUACCACCACACUACCCAUUUCUGAAGCAAAAAUGCUGAAUGAAACAACCUCACCUUCAUCAUCAUCCUCACCUAAAUCCCCACCAUACUAUGUCCUUUCCUCUGACAAUGAACCCUCUGACCCCCAAUCCCCCACUCUAGCUCAGCUUCACGCUCGUGCUCUGGCCUCUCAACAGCCAUCACAAACUGAACCUGAACUAGAAGUCACCUUCCCACCCCCUGAACAACAAAAUCCAACUACAUCCGAACAACCUCAAACACCACCACCGGCACAACAACCUAAUCAACCUCCUGAACAACCAAUCCACUCACCAUCUGAACCUCAACCAAAUCCACAACCUGAACAAACCACACCAUCCCCCUCUGCCAUUCCCAUACCACCAACCUCCGUUGCCACCAUCACUCCCAUUCUAAAUCUUUAUAACACCAAUCAAACUUCUCUAUCCUCCCUAGCCUCUGCCUUUGAACCAGACACUUCCUUCCCUACUAUAGCGGUAGAAGCUGAAGAAAAGGCUGAUGUUGAAACUGCUACUGCUACGGCUGCUACUGAGGCUGAGGAAAAAGCAAAAGCCAGUGCUAAAGAAGCAACACGUAUUGCUGCAGAGGAAGCUGCCAAGACAAGGGCUAAUGCUUUGACUCAGGGCGAGCAAUCUAACUCUGGUUUUGCCCCUCUAGUCCUAAAGACUUUAGAGGAAUUGCAAAAGGAACAACAAGUAGUACGAGCUAGGCUGGAUCACCAGGAUUCCGUCAACACCAACAUUCAGAACAUGUUGACUUAG